CUCCCAGCCUCAAACAACGCGUGGUGCACUUGGAAAAGUCCGCCGCGACCCACAGAGAGAGGCGCGCGAUGACAUAAACCAGAGCGAGAGUUCACAUCAAGACGAACUGGGAUCUUGUCGAGCUGCUUCUGAAGCGAGAAGGAGACGAGAAAGGCGAGUGCUGCCGGGUGGUGACAGGAUGCGUUCUGAUGUCCGAUGUCUGGAUGAUGCGGUCGAGAGCAGGGGGCAUUCAGAGUCGUACCUGUGAGGGAAACGUGCUGAAGUAAGAGCUUUCCAUCGGAGACCGGUGAAUAGAGGAGGAUGAGGAGGAUGCUGCAGUGACGUUUCGGACCAAGGCUGUCAGUGUGGAGUAGAGCUGGAGGCUGCGGGGCUGCAGUGUGCUGUGGGAAGUUCCUGAGAGGCCGAGUGGCAGUCGAACACAGAGAGACACUUGUACAGAAAGCGAACGGGUGCUUUUUCACGGGAAGGAUAUAAAAACAGUGUCUCACACCUUCCGCCUCUUCGCACGGGCGUGUACGGCGUGGCUGCGCCGCUGGGAUUUGAAGGAGGUGGGCGACCGGAGUUGGGGCUGGAGUGAUGGUGGUGGUGUGGCUGCCUCAGGAGUGGGCCUGGCAGGCUGUUCUCCUGGUGACUGGACUGGCAUCACUAGGCUGUGGGUCUGAUGCCAACAUGCUGGACACCCUGCUGCUGGAGAACGGAUGGAAAGGGGGAUCGGAGCGACGGGCGGAGGACAGCAGCAGCACAGCCACAGUGUCGGCUCAGAACACGCUCCGCUGUCACUGCUCCCAUGACUGCCCGGAGGACUCGGUCAACAAUACCUGCUUGACUGAUGGUUUUUGCUUCACCAUGGUGGAGGAUAAGGAGGAGUCGGGUGUGGCAGUACUCUCCGUAGGUUGUUUCCCUUUUACCGGUUUCGAGUUCCAGUGCAAAUACACGUGGAAUGCUGGUUCGAGGAGAGCUCUGGAGUGUUGCAGCGAUCAGGACUAUUGCAACAGAGACUUGCACCCUACUCUUCCUCCACUAAUGACUUCAGAUUACGUUGACAGCAGUAACCAGUACAUGGCUGUCUUCAUUUCAAUCACAGUUUGCAUUAUCAUCAUUGUUCUCAUCCUCAUUUUCUGCUACUUCAGAUAUAAGCGGCAGGAAUCCCGACCACGCUACAGUAUCGAUCUGGAGCAGGAUGAGACCUACAUCCCCCCUGGAGAAUCUCUGAGGGACCUGAUAGAGCAUUCCCGCAGCAUCGGGUCUGGCUCAGGGUCCGGACUCCCUCUACUGGUGCAGCGCACAAUCGCCAAACAGAUUCAGAUGAUCAAGCAGAUUGGAAAAGGGCGAUACGGAGAGGUCUGGAUGGGCAAGUGGAGAGGAGAGAGAGUGGCCGUUAAAGUCUUCUUCACCACAGAAGAAGACAGCUGGUUCAGAGAGACUGAAAUAUACCAGACCUUCCUGAUGAGACAUGACAAUAUCCUGGGAUUCAUAGCAGCAGAUAUUAAAGGAACCGGCUCGUGGACUCAGCUCUACUUAAUCACAGACUACCACGAGAAUGGAUCCCUGUACGACUACCUCAAGUCCAACACCUUGGACGUCAAGGCUCUGCUGAAACUGGCCUACUCGUCCAUAUCGGGCCUCUGUCACCUGCACACAGAGAUCUACGGCACACAGGGCAAACCGGCCAUUGCACACAGAGACCUGAAGAGUAAAAACAUCUUGGUAAAAAAGAACGGAUUCUGCUGUAUUGCAGACCUCGGCCUGGCGGUCAAGUUUAACAGUGACACCAACGAGGUGGAUAUCCCUCCCAACCUCCGAGUUGGAACGAAGCGGUAUAUGCCCCCUGAGGUGUUGGAAGAGACCCUGAACAAGACCCAGUCUUUUAUAAUGGCUGACAUGUACAGUUUUGGCCUCAUUGUUUGGGAGAUGGCUCGACGUUGCAUCUCUGGAGGCAUUGUGGAGGAGUAUCAGCUGCCCUAUUAUGACCUUGUGCCCACUGAUCCAUCCUAUGAAGACAUGAGAGAAGUUGUCUGCAUUAAAAAACAAAGACCUUCAUUUGCUAAUCGUUGGACUAGCGAUGAGUGUUUACUGCAGAUGGGGAAACUGAUGUCCGAGUGUUGGGCUCACAACCCGACCUGUCGCCUCACAGCCUUGAGGGUGAAGAAGAGCCUGGCGAAGAUGUUAGAGACCCAAGACAUCAAACUGUGACGGAGAGAUGCUCUCAUCACCAGAGACUUGUCACUGCCACUGGCACAGCGCCACUUACACUGGCCAAUAGAAGAAAGGGGGAGGAAAAAGAGACUGUGAAAGAUAGGACAAAGGAAAUCGACCGCGAGGAUGAGCGAUGGAGAUAAUGGUUGACAGGGAGCCAGAAAGAUGAGGGGCGAAAGAUUUCUUGUCAGGGGGGAUGUUCCCGCCUGUUGUAUGCGGCCUCAGACCAGGUGUCCGGGUUGAGCUUUCUGUGAAAGCUGAGUGGUUGUCAGACGGGCCGGCGGACGGUGACCAUUGCAGGAGAGGAGCACUGAUAUCCGUCUGCUUCCUUCUAAACGGAGGAGCCUCUGCUCCACCCUCCUAAAGCCAUAUUGCAGUAUUCUAUGUGCAGUCUUUUGUACUGUCUCAGCUGUCUUCACAUUUCUUUUUUGGACUCGGUCAGUGGCGGUUCGUCCAUAGGGGGCGCUAGUGCGCCGCCCCUCUUAAAAUUUGGAGACGAAAAAAAAAGAAGAAAAAAAAGAAAUCCUGUCAAAAAACAUUAUAUGCCAAAUCAUUUAAAUAGUAAAUAUACCGUGUUGACGAGCUAAAUGUGUGUGGGAGACCGUAAGCCCCUGUCAACAACCACUUAAGUUAAUGUGAAAAAAUAUAAUAUAUCGCCAUUAUCACGGAGAGAAGCCCCUCCCCUUUUUCGAGGCUGGUCUAACGUGUGUGUACGGCAUCGAUACAACAUUUCAGUCGUUUUGGCAAUGACCGGCUUCACAUUGGCGGAUGAAACCGGGAAUCUUGGUGCGCACAAAUGUGCGCACGCGAUUGGAUUAUUCGGCAGAUCAGAGACCCGUAUGUUCCCUCAGCCCAUAGAGCAGUGUUGCCAGGUCCGCGGUUUUCCUGCGGAAUCGGGCCACUUUUGAAGU